AUGCAAGACACCAAAGUGCCGGCUCAGCAAGGAUUCUCGUCCUCUUCACCACACCCUAAUCCGCCUCCCUCACUGUACAGACAUACGUUCUUCUCAUCCCAAGGCGCCGCAGCGCGGAAAGCGCUUAUUCCUGGACUUGUCCUCCCGCUGGUUUACAAUGCGAUUUUAUUAUGGGCGUGCAUAUCAUUGUUCUUUGGAUCACUGGUUCAGAACAACGACGUGAGCAAGAUAAGCGUCUCUGCCAUCAACCUAGACGAUGGGUUAUUUGGGGAAGGGAUGAUGAGCGGUAUACGAGAAGUUCUAGAUAGCCCGGGAAGGCAUCUACAAUGGAGCUUCAGCUACGAGAAGACGGAUCCAGUCGCCAGCGAUACUUGGGGUAGAAAUCUGGUACUGGACGAGGCAGUCUGGGCCGUGUUGCAAAUCAAUGCUAAUGCAUCAUUGAACUUGCAACAAGCUUUGGCGACAGGAGAUGCAGGAUACGAUCCGUCGUCUGCGAUAACAUUGUACUUUGCAUCGGCAAGGAACCAGGUCACCACGCUCUCGGCGACUGUACCAGCUGUCAUGAGUCUCGUCAACCCAAUCCUUGCCAGGCUCGCCGCUGUUUCCACCGCUGAGUUCUUGAAGAAGAUGGCUAGUGAUAAGACAGCGCUUUUGACCAGUCUCCAGUGUGCACAAUGUCUUGCUUCGCCUUUUGCAGUCAGGCAGAUCGACCUGAUACCAUUUUCUUCGCCUGUGGCAUUUGGAACGUUGAACACUGGGCUUAUCUUCCUUCUAACCUUCACUUUCAACAUCUUCACCGUCCUCCGCGCAUCCGCAGCCAUCCACGGGUCUGUCUUCACGCUCCGCACGCAGCUCUACAUGCGCAGCAUCUCUUCACUAUCAGCGUACCUCUUUCUCAGCCUCAUGUACACGCUUGGCAUCCUAGCCUUUGGUAUCCCUUUGACUGGUCACUACACCACUCCCGGAAGCGGAUUCAUGGCGCUGUGGAUGCUGAAUUGGUGUACAAUGGGCGCGUGCGGACUGAUCAUGGAAGCGGUGUUCACCGUUAUGGGGAUGCCAUGGGCGCCUUUUGGAUUGAACAUCUGGUUGAUUGCGAAUGCCAGUGCGAGUUUUACUAGCUUUGAGCUUAUGGUUGGGUUCUAUAAGUAUGGGUAUGCGAUGCCUUUCUAUCAUUGCAUUCAAGCUACCAAGUCUAUUGUGUUUGGCACAAGAACUCAUUUUGGUCUCAACUAUGGCGUUCUUGUUUCGUGGAUGGUACUAGGCUGGUGUGGUAUGUGUCUGAGUACAGCAUGGCGUAUCACAAUGGGGAAAAGGACUGGUAUCCAUCGAGUACCAUAG